AUGGCUAGCCCUCCAGUUCUCUCGUUCGAUGCUAAGGGCCGCCCGAUUAAGUUUGAGACCUGGCUCGAUGAUCUGCACCUGUUCCUCCAGCUCACUGCCAGAGAGGAUAUCUCGCUGGGUGUUCCCCCUCCCCCCUGCUCCCCUCUGUCGCCUCUGCUGCUACUGUCGACCUCCUUGGUGCUGAGCAGGUCGGCUCUGCGUCCGCUCCCAGCGGGCGUCGCAGCGGCAAGGGCAGGGGAGGCAAGGGCGGUGGGGGUGACGGCGGGGGAGGCUGGUGGUGGGGGUGGUGGCGGCGGUGGGGGUGGUGGCGGGGCUGGAGGGGCUAGUGGCAGCGGUGGGAGUGGUGGAGGCAGCGGCGGCGGCGGCGGCCGGGGUGGUGGGGCGGUGGUGGUGGCGGUAGUGGACGUGGAGGCGGCAGGGGCGGUGGUGGUCGUGGUGGAGGCGGCGGUGGUGGUCGUGGAGGCUCUGGCACUGGCCAGAGCGCGCAGCACCCUCAGUCCUCCCAGGAGCUUCGUGAGUGCCAUGUAUGCAUUGACUAUUAGUGGAGAGGAGGACCAGUACCUGUGUGUUCCGCCUGACCCAGGCAUCCGCACGAGUGAGGUUGCCGCCCUAGGUGCUUGCGUGUCUGCUGCCCCAGGUGCUAGUGCGGCUACUGCUCUAGGUGCUUGUGUGUCCGCCACCCCAGCACUGCUCUUGAGCCCCUUGCUCGACCAGACGCUGUCCUCGCUCGCUGACCCCUCUGGGGGUCCGGUCAUUGCGACCUCCUCCACUGUCCUUCCUUGUCCUGCUGUCCCGUCGGGCACACUGUCAGGUUUCCACCUCCCCUCGUUCUCUACGAACUUGGUGGCAGGUUGUGCGCUUCAGGAUGGGGGUGUUCACCAGUUCACCCCUGCCUACGAGCGCGUGACACACUGCACGUGUGCUAGGACGGGCCAUCACCUGGCUACCUUCACUCGGCAGCCGGGGUCGGACCUGUACACACUGACCACUGAGUCCCCUCAGGUAGCGGCGUCUGCGUCUGCGUCAGGGGCGGCAGCGCGCUGCCCCUCACUCCUCGUUCCCCCUGACGACAGCUCCUUUGCAGACGCUCCACUGGACGUGUGGGGCCCAGCCCGCGUCCGUGGUCAGGGCCAGGAGAGGUACUUCCUGAUCGUCGUUGACGACUACUCGCGCUACACCACGGUCUUCCCCUUGCGCACCCAAGGGUGGCGAGUUCUCCUCCGACCUCUUGGCAGCCUACUGUGCCGAGCACGGCAUUCGCCAGUCGUUCACGCUUUCCGGCCUCUCCACAAGCAGAAUGGGGUUGCUGAGCGCCGCAUUGGCUUGGUCAUGGAGGUCGCUCGUACCUCCUUAGUCCACGCGGCUGCCCCCCACUUUCUGUGGCCGUUUGCGGUCCGGUACGCUGCGCAUCAGCUCAACCUCUGGCCCCGUGUCUCCGCUCCGGAGACCUCGCCCACACUGCUGUGGACGGGGGAGGUUGGCGAUGCGUCACGCUUCCGUGUCUGGGGAUCCCGAGCUUUUGUUCGCGACACGUCUGCGGACAAGCUCUCCUCCCGCACUGCUCCCUGUGUCUUUCUUGGCUUUGUUCCGGAUGCGUCUGGCUGGCAGUUUUACCACCCCGCCUCGCACCGCGUCUUCCCCUCUCAGGACGUUACUUUUGACGAGUCCGUGCCCUUCUACCGCCUCUUCCCCUACCGCACUGCCCCGCUCCCUCCUCCGCCUCUCUUCCUCGCGCCAGGUGCUGCAGUGGUAGACCCCUUCCCCCCUCAGGGUGCCGCUCCCUCAGGUGUCUCUCAGGUAGACCCGGUUGAGCCUGCCGAGGUAGCUGUCGACUCGCGUCCUGCUAGAG